AUGGAUGAUCCUGAGAAGAAGACAAACCAAAAGUGUGAAAGCAAACCCCGAAAAGUGAGAUUUAAAAUAUCUUCAUCCUACAGUGGUAGAGUAUUGAAGCAGGUAUUUGAAGAUGGCCAGGAGCUUGAGUCCCCAAAGGACGAAUACCCUCACAGCUUUAUCCAAGAGUCUUUUGAACCAGUGGAGAGUGUCUAUGGGGCUGGAGAAACUCCCAAACCAAGAUUUUAUUCUACAAAAUUGGCUGCUCAGCGAAUCAGCGUUUAUAGAGAGAGAAAUGCCUACACCCUGGCAGGUAGCCAGCCUCUCUUCAAUGAUUAUAAAACUAAUGACCAUAAGUCCCCACCCAUUCUAGAUUUUGGCAAGAUAAUCAUCUAUACUAAUAACCUGAAAAUUAUCCGAACUUCAAUGGAUAAAAGAGACUUCAUGAGAAAAGUCCUUCAGAAGGGAGAGGAGGCUGAGGAACAGUCUCUGGUGAGCAAAGAAGAGGGUGAUGGAGACAGUGAUCAGACUGAUGGCCCACUGCCAGAAACAGAAACCACAUUUGCCCACAACCAAUAUAUCCAGGAAGGGGAGAUCCCUGAGCACAAUUGCUUCCACUGUAGAGGAUCAGGCAGCGCUAUUUCUCUGUGCCAUGGAAGCAAAUUUUCAAUGCUGGCUAAUAGAUUUAAAGAAUCUUACCGGGCCCUACGGUGUCGUGCUUGUAAUGAGAAUGGUCUCCAGCCCUGCCAGAUUUGCAACCUAUAA